CUGGAAUAGGAAUUCGACUCAUUCGGCAAUGGGACACAUCGACCCGGGUUGAGACAGACACUCAGACAGUCCGCCGCAAUUGUUCAUCUUGUGUGUCUACCCUUGACGAUCUACAAGCUCGGUUCACUCUUCCCCUCCGGCAGGCGGCGUUCGUUUGGUUGCUGGUGUCAGGUGCCUAUUGUUUUGGCCGCGAAAGCACCAGUGAAAACAAACGGGGUGGCUUUCAUCUGAUCAUGGACCGUGGACACAAAUGGAAGACAAUAGGCAGGCGAGGCGACUGGGAGAAUGGAAGACAAGAGUUGUCAACUUAUUCAACCUGGGCUCAACCUGGAGAGUUGCUGGCUGUCUCAAAGAUAUAAAAGGAGGACGACUUCCUCCUCUUACACCACUCACUACAAUAACCCUUCAUACCAUCCAUCAUACCUUUGGACCAGCAGUCAGUCAGUCCAUCACGACAAAGAAUUUGACGCGCCAGCAAACAACAAAGCUGUUAUUGCGAAGCUCUCUCUCUCUCAAGCUAUCUCCAGUCCAGUCGACAAUAUCCCAGCGGAUAUUUUCAUGUCCUCUUCAUCACCUGGCAACAACAACAACAACAACAACAACAACAACAACAACAACAACAACAACAACAACAACAACAACAACAACAACAACAACAACAACAACAACAACAACAACAACAACAACAACAACAACGAUCAACAAGAUGAACGGAUCAAAUCCCAAGAACAACAGCGAGCCGAACCGGUCCGCCUUUCCUUUUACCUCUAACUCAUCAUUUUCUCACUUUCGUGAGGCGAUAGGGGCAACAUCACUGACAUUGUGACUCUAAAAAACAGGUUCGAGCUUUUCCUUCUCCAGGAUGGAGAGAAGAAGA